GGGUUCGUGUGUGCAGACGGCGGGAGACGUUGGAAGGGGACGCGAUUUGGGAAAAGGACCGACGGAGAGGGCGUUGAUGUCCGUGUGCAAUUGGCGUUUGGAAAGCGCCAGGUGAGAGAGAUCAGAUCGUUCGAUAUGGUUAUCCGUGGGCAUAGAAUUCUUGUUCUGCUUGUGUUCGUCCGAUUUGAUGUUCUCAAAGGUGGCCACGGAUUUUUAGCUCUGAAAAGAGGUAGAUUAUAGGAGGCGGUCAUCUGUGGGAAGAUUUUGGUUUCUUUCAUUGAUUCCGAUGGGAAAGACGAGAUCUUGCUGAUCGUUAGUGGAAUAUUGGUAAAAGAGAUUCCAUUUUUGUGUGUUUUGGUUCAGAAGAUUGAUUCUGAGAGCGGUAUCCGGUUUCUCAGAUAUGGCUAUGCUUUUUAAUCUUCUCUCUUAUUGGCUUUGGGGAAGAAAAGGUCGUCAAUCUCCCGAGCAAUCACUGAGUUCUUCGUCUGAUUACCUCACGGGGUACAGGGAUCCGGAUUCUUUGAAGAUUGCAGCAGGUAACGUGCCUCAGAUCCGAUCGAAUUCGGGACGAACCGAGAGGAAGUCGCUUAGCCGGGAGCAGCAGCGAGUUGAUAAGGAGUACGACGCAGUCCUUGUCCAUUCACGUGGGGAAUGCAUGGGUGAUUUUGAUGAUCCGGAUUGGGCGAUUGGGUGGUUGGAACCGCAUGCAUCCGAGUUCCGGUCUGAGAGCGAGACGGAGAACGGCUUUGCCGUCUUGGUCCCAUGCUAUGCGCGAGGUUGCUACGCGCAGGUUGAUUUCUCCAAGAAGCAUGUUUUGGGUACUAUUGGUCUCAACAACGAUGACCAUUCUGAAGGCAAAAAGGAUAUCGAACAGUGGCUUGCAGAACAAUUGUCAGCAUGAAACAACUACAAGUAGGCUUGAUCUUUAUAGUGUUCAGUAUAAACUGAAGAUAAGAGGAUAUUGAUACUUGAGAUAAAAAAAGGUGAAAAAAGAGAAAAAUGAUAAAAUAAUUAGAAUAGGAGCUGUAGGAUGUUUUGGUAUUUAAACUUGUUGCUGAACUAUCAGAGUGUAUAUUCAGAAGCAAAAAAUUCAUUACGAGUUGCAAGAGAAGUGAAAGUAAAGGAAGCAGCAAAGGCAUGCAACCUCGAUGGACAUUCGUAAAUAUUUCAGGACUACUUAAGUUGACAAUAUGGUUUUAUUCAUUCUUUGCUUUCUUUCCGCCUCAAAACAGAAACUUCUCUGCUGAACAAUUCAAUUGGGUGUCGUAUUAAUUAUUUUUCUACAAAUAUUGAAGUCCAGGAAGCUUGAGACUCCUUGUGGCCCGUUAGACAGCAUCCGGUCGAUAUCUUUGUAAAAUCUGGAGCUAUUUCAGUUGCAUGGAACGGUGCUGAAUGAAUAGCAUGAAUUCUCAUCUUUGUCUGGGGCUUAAGUUUAUGAAAUCUGCAGCUACAUCUGCAAAUAAACCACACAAACUGGACUUUUGUCUCUGUUCUCUUUUCCUAAUAGUUGCAUAUAUGGAGGGAGGGAAGUUACACCUCAUAAAAAAUUAGUCAGCAAUCUCUUUGUUCAAAAUGAUAUCAAUUAGCUGAGUUAAAGUAUGGUUGGUAAGUAUGCUUUUGUCUCUUGAAUUUUUACAUAUAUGUUCACAGUUUCUUUCUACUGUUCUCAAUUGGCUACCAAUGGGCUUGUAAUAAAUAGUCUACUGGCUACCAAUUGGGACUUAAUCUGUGGAGUAAAGCUAUGGCCGAAGAAGGAGUUGAGAUGUUAAGAAGUGUAUCCUUCGUCUUCAUGGAAUGCCGUCUCUCAACUUUUAUUCAAGGUUUUAUUGAGAUACUGCUAAUUUGGAAGGUUGGUUUCAUGUGUAAGCUACUCAUAGAUUUGAGAAUGACCUCAGUUCAUGAUCCUGAUCUUUUGAAGCUAAUUCCACUUGGGUAAGCUAUUGAUGGACUGCUUUUGUCACUGGUGUGCUGUAUCCUCUGGAACAAUCCUGCAACAAACAAAUAGGGAUCAACGAAGAGAGACUUCUUAUGGAAUAGGAAGAUACCAACA